AUGCUAGACGAAUUACAGAAAAACCUAGGGUUUGAUGAGAACGCCAUGGAAUCUUCUAGAAUGACGCUGUAUAGGUUCGGCAACACCUCUAGCAGCUCUAUUUGGUACGAACUGGCGUACGCAGAGGCAAAGGGUCGGGUCAAAAAAGGGGACCGGGUAUGGCAAAUUGCAUUUGGGUCGGGCUUCAAGUGUAGUAGUGUUGUGUGGCUUGCAUUGAGGACCGUUGAUUAUGAUGAGAUGAAUCUUUGGACGGAUGAGAUUGAUGAAUUUCCAGUCGAUGUAGAUUGCGAUGAUGGACCAUUACCCAUAUUUUUUGAACGCUCAAAAUAA